UCGAAAAUGUUAUCCGAAGAAGAGCCAAAACCUGUGGCUCUCCCUGUGCUUUAUAUUACCCUCUUCGCGCGACCAUCAUCUAGCAAGCACACGGUAAUGUAACUCUCGCACAGUCCCGCUUCAACAUCACCUCAGCCAUCUCAGGCAAGCCUCCCGCACCAUGAACGACUCGGUGGACAAGCUCGUCAUCUUCCUGGCCAAGCGAGAUGGCAUCGACAAGCUUGUCAAGACCUUCCAAUACGUCUCGAAGCUUGUUCACUGGCAUGCUGAGGCCGCACGCCCUGACGUCGCCCGGCGCGCCAAGAACUGGGAGGUCGCCUCUGGCCUGAGCCGCAAGGCCUUCCGCACUGGCCGGUUCCUCACGGGGUUCAACAGCCUCCGCCGAUCCCCCGGCGCGACCCCGGCGUUCCGGCUCCUCGGGGUGCUGGCCAACGCGGGGGAGAUGGUCUACUUCUUCUUCGACCACUUCCUGUGGCUGUCGAGGAUCGGGACGCUCGAUGCGGGGCUCGCGCGGAGGAUGAGCUUCGUAUCGGCGUUCGGGGAGGCGUUCGGGUACAUAUUCUUCAUCGCGAUGGACUUCAUCAUGCUCAAGGAAGGGUUGAAGUUGGAGAGGAAGCUCAGGAAGGAGAAGGAGAAGGAAGCGAAGGAAGAUGAUGAAGCGAAAGAGAGGGUCGCGAAGAUAAGAGCGGAUCGAGUGAUGCGGCUCAUGGCGGUGGCGGCGAAUGUGGCGGAUCUGGUGAUUGCGGUGGCGGAUAUAGAGCCGAACCCGUUCUGCAACCAUGCUGUCGCGCUCGGUAUUAGCGGACUUGUGUCUGCAUGGGCCGGUUGGUAUCGGAACUGGCCCUCGUAAAUGAAGGAUUGUUAAGAGUUACCAUUGCACACAGCAACCAAAAAACAUAAAAAAAAAAGUUGAAUGGGAAAUGUAAAUGACUCUCUUUGGCAUGUGAUGCACUUGGUUUCUGGUUUUGUUCA